GGUUGGUACUUCUGAAUCAAAAUAUUUUGCUAUUUGCUUGAUCAUGUCGGAUGAUGCCGCAGCUUCGGAAAGUCUUCUUUCAGAACUUCAAAGCGCUUCAACUGAAGAAAUUAUCCAACGAGCUAGGUUACUAGAGUCGGAGGUAAAGGUGCUUCGAAGUGAGAAUCAACGUUUACAACACGAACAAAGCACGUUGAAGGAAAGAAUCAAAGAAAAUCAAGACAAGAUAAAGUUAAAUAAACAGCUACCUUAUUUAGUAGGAAAUGUAGUUGAAUUACUUGACCAAGAAAGGGCGGACGAAGAAGACGAGGGACACAGCAUGGACUUAGACUCACAACGUCGUGGGAAGGCAGCAGUUAUAAAGACAUCAACAAGACAAACCAUCUAUUUGCCUGUCAUAGGUUUAGUUGAGCCUGAAAAACUAAAGCCUGGAGAUCUUGUCGGAGUGAACAAAGACAGUUAUUUGAUUCUGGAAACUUUACCUCCAGAGUAUGAUUCACGAGUGAAAGCUAUGGAAGUGGAUGAGAAACCGACCGAAGAUUAUAGUGAAGUUGGAGGCUUGGAUAAACAAAUUCAGGAACUAGUGGAAGCAGUUGUACUUCCGAUGACACAUAAGGAGCGCUUUGACAAGUUAGGAAUUCGUCCUCCCAAAGGAAUUCUUAUGUAUGGUCCUCCUGGAGUUGGAAAGACCUUAUUGGCAAGGGCUUGUGCAGCACAAACCAAUGCAACUUUUUUGAAACUAGCGGGUCCGCAGCUAGUACAAAUGUUUAUAGGGGAUGGCGCGAAGAUGGUUCGUGAUGCCUUUGCCCUAGCGAAGGAGAAAGCACCAACGAUUAUAUUUAUAGACGAGUUGGAUGCCAUAGGAACCAAACGAUUUGAUUCCGAACUUUCUGGUGAUCGUGAAGUACAACGAACCAUGUUGGAACUUUUGAAUCAGUUGGAUGGUUUUUCAUCGGAUGAUAAUAUCAAAGUUAUAGCUGCUACGAAUCGAGUAGAUAUAUUAGAUCCAGCACUUAUGCGUUCGGGUCGGAUAGAUAGGAAGAUUGAGUUUCCCUUACCCGAUGAAAGUUCUCGAGCUCGUAUUCUUCAGAUACAUUCUCGAAAAAUGAAUGUCCAUCCUGAUGUCAAUUUUGAAGAAUUGGCUCGUAGCACAGAUGAUUUCAAUGGUGCUCAGUUGAAGGCUGUUUGUGUGGAAGCUGGAAUGGUUGCUUUGAGAUCUGACAGAACCGAAAUAGUUCACGAAGACUUUGUGGAAGGAAUUGCUCAAGUUCAGGCGAAGAAGAAAGGAAAUUUGAAUUAUUUUGCGUGAAAUAUUUUUCGUUAGAAUAAUAAAAAGUAUUUUGGAAGA